GCCUCUCAGUGCCUGUCAUGGAGGGCCAGUCCCUGCGCCUGGUGUGUGAGACUGCCAGCAACCCUCCUGCCUCACUGAGCUGGUACCAGAAGGCAAAAGCCCAGGGUCAUUCCCAGAUAUCAGCAUCUGGGGUCCUGGAGCUGCCCUCUGUGGAGGAUGGAGAAUUCACCUGCCAGGCUCAGCACUCACUGGGCUCCCAGCACCUUUCCCUGAGCCUUUCUGUACAGAAAAGUUCCUGUUCCUGCCUGUGUGCAGUUGAGAAUCAGGAGGGUUCCUGGCCCCUGGUCCUCACCCUGAUCAGAGGGACACUCAUGGGAGCUGGCUUCCUCCUCACCUAUGGCCUCACCUGGAUCUACUAUACCAAGUGUGGUGGUGCCCUCCAGCCCAAGAAUGUGAAGAGUCACUGAGCCAUUUCUCAUCACUGGGGACUAAGGCCGCGUCACAGAGCCGUGAGGUACAUUCCACCUGGGAACUCUCCACUCAGAGCCAACAGAUGCCUCUGCACCCCGUGGACCGCAGUCCCUGCCUACUUACCCACUGAUCUGUACGGAUCCCACCUCAGUACACUGCAUCUCCACCACCCUUUCCCUCCCACCUUGUCUUACUCGCUCCCAGCCCUGUGAGAGGCAUGAAAUGGGCACCCUACCCCACAUGACCAAGAACUCAUGUUACCACUUGAGUCUCUGGCCCCCCAACUUGCCUAUCAGUGUAGACAUGGAUGUAUGUCCAGUCAUGAGCAGAACUUUUCCUUUGCAGUUGAAAUGCCUACCUCAUUAAAUUACUGU